AUGGUCCUUGUUGAGUCUGGAGAUUACAGGAAACUGUGAGUAUCUGCUUAAAAUAGUGUCUGUCUUGUGUUAAUCUGUCCUUUUUUGUUUUAUGGUUAUUGAAUAAUUGUAUCCAAAGAGGAGCCUCAAAGAUAAAACAGGGCUGCUGUUGUUUGUAGUCUCCUCUACGUUGCUGAUGUAAAGUCUGGAGGGUUUAAGUUGAUUAAAGGACUCAAUAAUUUACUUUGUUGUAACAGAACACAGGUAGACAGACAAUGCCUCCGUGUGGCGUCAUGAAACUGGCUCUAGACUUUGUUGAGAGUUGAAUUUCUGUCUGAACACCAAAUGUACCUGAAAUAUGAUCAGCUGAAAUUUCCAGUCUCUCAGUGGAGUUUUUACUACAAACAGUCCACUGUGUAACAAACAGAGAGUUUUGCAUGAGAGCUGCCGUGUGACAGGAAGUUUUGGUCGGGCUGCACAUGUACAGGAAAAUGAAAUUGAAGACAAAAAAAAAGAGAGAAAGAAAAAAAACUUCCUCUGUUGUGUAGAGGAGCAGUUGAAACAAGCGGUGGAAAAACUUGACUGUCAGUCCUUCUGAAGCAAAUUCUGAAGUUUGUGGUUUAGGGGGCGGGGUUUCUGUGAGUACUAUACAAGAGUAUAGUAACAAAUCCUAACAACCAAUAUGUACGAAUUAUUGCAGAAAACUAGUUUACAGUCUGAUUUAGAUUGAGCUAAAACGUGACUAUUCCUAAAUACUAAAAUACUUACAGAAGGCAAACACAUAGUUAAAAUUACAGACUUUUUUUUUUUACAGGUAUCAGCAGUUUACCUCAGCCCAACAUGCACGCUAACCUCAUGCCGACUUUCACUUCUCUAAACCGUAACUUUAUUGUUUAGCUGCUCCCUUAGCCCUCGCUUUGACCUUUUUUUUUUCAUUUGGCACUCAGCUACGGAAACGUUUUGCAUCCACUUGAGGAUUUUUGUUUCUAAUCCAUUGCUCUGUUCUUCAGAAUUAACAAUACUGGUGCCUCAAAACCCAAACUCCUUGAGUGUUCAGUUUAAUCCAGUUUUGAUUUGGGUUUAAGGCACUGGGGGAUACGCAUGUCUCAUAGUAACAUGGUAUUGUUCAUGUUUAAAGCUCCAGUAAGGAGUUUUUUCAUAGGUUAUAAAACAGACUGAAAUGAACAGUGAUAUGUCCCUAUGAUGUAUAAAAACAAAGAAAACUAUUGGUGUUAAGACUGGAAAUUUAAUUAGGAUAAAAUUUAGAGCCUGGAUCCGCUAUGACAGGGUAGGUACACUGACAAAAACUGCCUUUCCUAGUUUUCCUGCAGGGAAUCCUCUCAGUGGGUGAUACUCUUCACUGUAAAAAGACAGCAGAAGGAGAUUUUUGUCAAUUAACAGUACUUUACAAGGACAAGACAAAAUUAGUAAUGUCCACAGAGGGCACCAAACUCAACACAGAUGAAAAGUAUGAGGUUGUAAAUGUUGCACAGGUGUGUUGGGGCCUCCCCGCACCCUAACAGCAGAAUAAAACUAAACAGACAUUUAAACAUUUACAGCCCCCACCUCAGUGUUCAAUAUCAGUAAAAGAAGAGAACAUAUAAACUGAUAGGUUCAGAUAAGUUUUGACCUGAUGAGGACUUAAGAAGUUGUAGUGGAUCAACAAAUAAUUACAUCCUGUUACUAAACUUUGUUAGAUCAAAAAAUGCUCAGUGGGAUUUGAUUCAGAGGUCUAAUAGACGUCUAAAUGUAGCCUAGACGACUGGUCUAAAAUCAGGCUACCACAGGUCAAAAACGAAACGUUUUUUAGAUGUCCAAAUUUAGUCUAAGUCUAAAUCUGGGCUAUAUUUAUACUAUACUGUAUUUUGCUAAACGGCUAUCACAAUUAUUUUGGUUAAAUACUUGGAAAUCAGUUAUGCAACUCAUGGUUGCUUUUUGAGAAAUAAAUAGUUAUUGAAUAAUGGGUUAAAGUGCAACAUCUAAAUUCCGACUAAAAAUAUACAGAAUUUAGACCGUUGAAAUUUGGUCUAAAAGAAAACUAGACUAGUCUAAUAGUCUAUUGCUCAGUGGGAUGUAACUCCAAAUACUAAAAAUAUACACUUUACUUAAAGCAUCACUGCCAACCUGCAUGUCCACAAGAAGAAGAGUAUACUAUGCUGGUGCCAAAUUAUCUUUUAGUGUGAAACUUAAUAAACUUAAAGCCUUUGUUUAUCUAUUAAGGUGAGGUAUCUGGAAAAAAAACAACAACAACAAAAACCUGCAGGGACUGUGAUGUCAUGCAUCUCUGGGGUUUCUGAGAUAAUUACUUGUUAUACUUCCAGCCACCACUCCUGUUAUUUAAUGUUGGCCUGGAACUCCACUUUCUUUGUCAUUGCUCGAACUGCAAACUCUUGCCCACUACGCACCAGGAACAAAAUCCUGAAAUGCAGCUAAAACGAUCUUUGGAUAAGGAAACAUUAAUGACUGGACUUUCUGACUUGUUUAAAUCCGAGCGUACAGCUUGUGCCGGGUACACAUAAUGUCGGGGUGCAAGGCCUAGCCAGCAGCCAAUUUCAGGAAUGUGUCUUGGUUUAUGGGCACUGGCGGUUUGGCUCUCUGGGUAGGAACACUCAAAAUCCUGGAAAAAAUAAUAUACCGAGGAAAUGGGAUUGAAUCAUAUGACUACAUUUGCCACCACCAAUUAUCGGCUGCUUUUAGAGACUAUGGACUGCAUAUUUCUCAUAUGAUUUAAGCUCCUCAGUUACACAUUUAAAUGAAACGUGAAUCUUUAUUGUCAAUGCAUGUCUGCCAGGGGAACACACCUCAAUAUACACAAAAGCGGUUUUAUGGUUGAAACCAGUAUUUCUGGCUGGCCCACCUGCUCGCCAUCGUUACUGGAGAUCAUCUAUUGACAGCUGUUCAGGGGGGGUUGCUCACACAGGCUUGUUUCAGAUCACUGGAGGUGGUGGAUUCUGUGCUGCUUUAUGACAACCGUUAUUUAGCCAUGUCUCAGGACACUCUAUUUGUGCUGCUCAUCUUGCCAAAGUAACCCGUUUUUCCCAUGUGGAGGUUGUCUGUUCCUGUCCAGAGUCAGCAUCAGAUUUGGUGAGUAGCGUGUCUUUUCUUCUCAGUUUUUAAAUCUGAUAUCUGCAUGUUUGUUAAGACGGACGUAUAACUAUCCAACUUUCUCUAUCCAUCUCAUUCCCACAUAUCAAAUAUGCUCUAUCAUCUCUACGCUAUUUGUAAAACUGUUUGCUCAGUCUGUUUGCCGACUCCUAACUUGUGCUGUAAUUGAUACUCCUGAAACCUGCAUCCCUCUGUAUUGUUUUUCAGUGUAAAUAACUUUUUCUUUUAUUAUUUUUAACUGUUAUCUGUACUCAAAAUAUGAUCAGUUUCCUUUCAUAUUUUCAUCCCUGCUGAAAAGAGCUGACUAUGAUUCUGGCAAAGUCUUCGAAGUGCAGUUAUCCUGCUUUGAGGACCAUCCAUAUUAAAUAAGGGGACAAACAGGAGUGUAACACUGAUACAUAGACGUACGAGAAACGGCAUUUAACAAAACUUUUUACUCACCAGUCCCUAUUUAGUCUUUUUAAAGUGAAUUUUUCAGAUAAGAUAUUCCUUUAUUAGUCCCAAAGGGGGAAAUUCCAGAUUACAGCAGCAUAAAUACAAGUACAAAAAGAGAAAUUAAAGGAUAAAGAAACUUAAGAGUUAAAAAAUAUAUAUAUACAUGAGUCUUAUUUAGAUUUUAACAUUAUUAUAAAGUACUGGAUUAGAUUCUUCAUCCAUCUACUAAAGCACAGUGAAAUAGUUUCGGUUGCACAUUCGAGACUUCAUAACAGAAGCUAGUUAAACACUGAGAUAAGAAAAAGAUAAACUUCAUUGUUGCAACAGUGAUAAAUCUUCUCGGAGAGCGACAAUAAAAUCAAUGGCUGUAAAACAAGAAGAGGGAAGUGAGGGAAACAAAACAUCGAAAUACUAACUCAUUAAUGUUCAGUAGAAGUAAAGUGUGAUAAGCCUGUUGUAGAUAAGUGAUAAAGCGAACAAUAAAGAUCAAGAAGAUAAGAUUAUCUUUGAAAUUUAUUACCGUAAGGAGUGAGAAAGCGGACGAUGAUAAUGCAUUUAAAUAAAGUUCAAAGAUUUCACACAGUUUUUAAAAAGCAGAGAAGUCAAGUUCACUUUGUGGGAGAACCUGCAGAUGAUGGUUUACAUCACUGCUUCCUCUUAUUAUUGUUUUUCAAUGAUUUACCACUUAAGCUGCAAAAUCCCAACAGGCAGAUAACUGGAGCCUGAGUACAGCCACUGACACAACAGAGACGGCUCAGCUGAUUUGGUUUAGUUGUUAGCAACUGAGCUAAUCUCAGUGAGUCAAGCUGCCAUGUCUCAGUGGAAAAAUACAGCAGGGAAGUGGUUGUAUACCCUGGAACGUUGUCAAAUCCCAACACUUUGUCAACUCAGACGGCAUGGUGUGCACACCAGAUCGACCAAUAAUUAGGUCAUAGAGGAGCCAGAGGAAACCAUAGCUACUUUGUUUCUCACUCUGGCUCUGCUCAUGACAUGUUGUUUGUGUAGAGAUCCUGCCGUACGCCCAGCUGAGAGGAAUACUGAUCAGUUUGUUGUUGCUGGGAGCAACUCUUGGGGGAGGGGGCUUUGUGAUGGAGGGGUAAGUAACUCACUAUGUUUUUUUGUUUUACACUAGGCUGCUUAAUGCAUCGUUUAGAUUCUGAAUUAUGCUCUGAAAAAGAACAGCUUUUCUGACAAACACCUGCCAGUGAAAACUUUCCAUUCCUGGUAAUCCUGCCAGCUUAAACAAAUAAAUAAAGCUUAUGAGAAAUGCCAAAGAAUCAGCUGAGUGGGUCUGUCUAAAAGCCCAGAGCGACAAAGGUUUGACAGUUUGUGUCUUAAAAAGGUAGUGGAGGUGAAAGGACAUUUCGGGUCAGAUUCUGAAGCUUUGGGUUUUUAUUUUGCUAUUGCUCCCAACCAUGUCAAGGGAAUUCCUGAAAGGGAACAGCCUUGAGACUCCUGGUCAAGAAAACAGUCUGGUUAAGAAGACUCAGCUGCUGGAUCGGGGCCAAUGGGCAAAUAAGUUGGAGUUCUUGCUGGCUGUUGCAGGAACCCUGGUUGGGCUGGGAAACCUUUGGCGGUUCCCCUAUCUAUGCUACAAAAAUGGGGGAGGUAAGUAUGCAAGAAUUUGUAUAUGAAUCAUUCAACACUUUCCACUUUCCACUGCACAAAGUCAAACAACUUAGCUGAAUCAGAGCAGAAAGGUUACUAAGUAAUGAAGAAAAUAACCUUGGCACGUUCAGGAAAUCAGAUGAUAAGGAUGUGUCAUGGACUGUGCUCAAAGCUGCUAUUUGUUAGGAGAGACACUUUAGUCUUUGUCAUGACAACCAAAGAACAGAGGUGUGCAUUGUCUUAAUCUCUUCCUGAGAGAAUGUAAAAUUCUGGCUGUGGACAACAGUAUUGUUUGUAGAUGAAACAUAGUUGGCAUGUCAUUUAAACAAGAACAGGAAUGGCAGUGUUAAACCUCUUUAUGAUUAGAGAGAGCGGUAUUUCCCCUGCUCACUCCUGACACGUUUCUCCAAGGUGCGUUUUUGGUUCCAUACGUCCUGUUUCUGCUCUCCUGUGGUAUCCCGAUGUUCCUCCUGGAGACGGCCAUGGGGCAGUUCACAUCUCAGGGAUGCAUCACCUGCUGGAGGCAUUUCUGCCCCUUGUUUGAAGGUCAGGAUUUAAACAGACCUGCAUGAUGUGAUCUGUUCUUUCCUGUUUUUUUAAAAUACAAACAUGCAUACUUACUCUUUAUGGCUUUCUUAUACGAUGCAGCAUUUUUUUUCAAUGAGUUUGCAAAGAAAAGACUACAAAUAAGCCUGAUUCAGUAGCAUCAACUUUGCUUUUUCUCUUUAACUUCUGAACAUGAUGACUAAAACCAUGAUCUUGGACAUUAAAGGUACUGUGAGCAGUUUUUAACUUGCUGAGAAAGAGACUGAAACUGAUACUGAUGCCUCUUUACGUCCUUCAAAGGCAAACAAGACCAUCAGCGACAAGGCUGAUCAUUUCUCUGUUUUAAAUUUUAAUGCCCUGAACCACUGUGAGGGGGUAGGUGUCACAUCAGAUGAUUGGCAGCAGUCGGUUUCUAAUUUUCCUACGGCUAAUACAGGUAGUGAGUGAUUUAUUUCCUUUUAAAUGAAAAAAAAACAGGAGUAGUUUUUUUUUUUAAAGAUCUACUUUCACGUGUACUGAGCAGAACUAACACAAACAAGAAGUUCCCCCCUCAUAGCAGCUUUAAAGGAACAGAUACAUUACACAUUAUUUAACGCAGAAACACAAACUGCUGGUGUGAAACAGCAUUUGGAUCACUACGAGUCAGUGUUUUAUUUUUUUUAAUGUCAACAAAUCCUGUGGUAAGACUACAAUCAAGUUGAUUAAGUCUGUCUCUGACUUUCCUACCCUCUCUGUUAUAAAUUUUACUCAUAAGCUGCUUACAAAUAUAGAAUUUAAUUUCUAGAAUGGCUUAAUAUUUACCUUAAACAGCUUAGCAUUGUGGCUUUGACCAAAGUUUGUUUGAACUAUUGUAAAUAAUGCAUUUCCCAAUUUUUUCAUCCAUGUAUUAAUGCACAUUUAAGGCUCCAGUGAGUCAAGGUCCAUGUCUAUCAUGAUAUUGAAAAAAGUCCUGAAACAACAGAUCGGUUCAAUUUGGAAUACUUGUUCGUCCUAGAUCUUUAAUGAGCUUCUAGUGUAGUAGUUUUGUAGUUUGAGCAUCCAGGAGACAGCUCUCAACUUCAUUUUCUAUUUUUUUCUUUUUGCCAAGUUCACUAACUUAGACAAGUCACCUGUUAGUUAACCUUGGUCAUGGCAGCUGUGUCUGAGAACAAAUGGUGAGAAACUCUACACCAGUAAUCAGUGCUAGUAGAGGACUGAUCCAUGCCGCCCUCCAGCAAGCGUGCCUGCCCUGAGCUGAAUCACCAUCACCCCAGAACAGCUGAGGUUUUGUUUCUGCUCCUCAGCGCAAAGUCAGCUCACUUAUCCUAACCUAGUAGUUUUGUACCUGUACUUAAGAUUUUACCAUCUGUUAAAACAGUUUAUAGCAUUUUUUUGGUCUAAAGGAGGUCUAAAUGUAGACUAGACGACUGGUCUAAAAUCAGGCUACCACAGGUCUAAAAGUGAACGUUUUUUAGAUGUCUAAAUUUAGACCGAGUUUAGACUAGCCGGCUAACAGAGGUCUAAAUGUAUAUUGCUUCACAGCUAUCAUAACUAUUUCGCUUAAGUACUUGGAGAUCAGUUAUGCAACUCACAGUUGCUUUUUGAAAUAAAUAGUUAUCGAAUAAUGGGUUAAAGUGCAACAUUGAAAUUUCGUCUAAAAAUACACAGAAUCUAGAUGGUUAAAAUUAGGUCUAAAAAAGACUAGACGUGUUAUAGCAUCUAUUGCUCAGUGGGUUUUGAGCACAAAAAGUCAUUUCUUGGAAAGAGAUGUUUUGGGCUAACAUAGGGUUAGCAUUGACGGUUAAUAAGGCUGUGACUUCUCACUCAUCUCCCAGUUUUGUCAAGUGUUUGUGGCAUGGAUCCUAACAAUUUUCAAAUCUGUCCAAAGAGAGGACAAGAAAAAGUUGAUAUAGCAUGUCUUUUCCUCUCCUUAGAUGGCUAUGACUGUCACUGUGUAUUUUGAGGCACAAAAGACUGCUGCCUGCACAAUGUUACACCACCAACAAUGAGCAUAAGCCAUCAGAUAGAACCUGCCGCCCCCUUUUAUAUAGAAAUGCGUACAAAAAACCUGCUGAAAAACACAAAAACAAGAUUUCCCUCAUGAACUUUAAAAAUGUAAGCUAUGUAACAAAUGCACACUGUCACAUGAGGAUGUAUCUUUCUAUGGAGGGUUCCUGCAGCGCAUGACCAACACUUCACAACAAACAGGAAGCGUGAGUUUUCGUAACAAACACAUAUAACGGAGCGCUCUUUAUGACAGAGUUUAACUCAUAAGGUCGAGUUUACAGCUACAGACCGCAGCAGGCUUUGGGAUAACGUCACCAACAUAAAGCCACUAAUUGUUGUCACACGCAACCCCCAGAUGAUGUGUGUUUGCUUAUACUCACACAAAACUGCAGAGACAGUGAAAAUGGGAGGAGGAAAAUUGAAGCGUAACUCAAAAUAGCCUCGAACGAUAAAACAUCAACACUGAACAAUUACUUUCUUUGUGAAGGUUGGCAUGAAACCAUGAAUCAGCAGUGGCCCCAUCAAAGUACUGAUGUCUCAACACAAUGUUAUUUGGUUUUCGCCUUAAACUGAGCAUGGGAAUAUAAAGUGCAUCAUGAUUAUUUGAUUCAUUUUUUUUUUCAAAUAAGGAAAAUUUCUCAGGCUGCUCAUCUUACUUCAGUCAUUUCAGUUACCAAACAAUGGAAGUAAAGCACAAGCAAGUGUUUGUCAGGCAUGAAAACGCUGUGGGAAAAUCCUUCAAUAGUUUGCAUACACCUGCUGCCCUGGUUUGUAAAUGCUCUUUCACCCCUCUCACCACUUCUGUCCUAAACCGCCUGUACAGUCAGUACAGAAUGCCGCUGUAAGAUUACUAUAGGUCACUCCCACACUGAUUUCUCUUCAUAUGGCGUCCUGUGGUUUAUAGGAUCAAGUUUAAAACUCUCCCUCCUACUUUUAGAGUCCUCCUCGGUCAGAACUCUCUACACCUGCUGUUUAUCCCUCCAACAUGCCUUCAGACUCAUGGAGAUAGUGCCUCUUUUUUACAGUCUGUUGAAUCUUUUAGAAAGGGGUUAAAGGCAUGUCCGUUCCAAAAUGUUUCUCCAAUGUGCUGUUCAAGUCUGGAGAGUGUAAAACAGCAGCUGCCAGUCAUCUGCUGCAUAUUAAACUGUAAAAGUCACAUAUUAAUGUACUUGUGAUUUCCACACAUUGGACGUUGAAGGGAAUCCUUCCAGCGACCGGAGUGCUAACAGCAUCUCUAUCAGCAUGGAGUCAAUGCCAGGGACACAUGAGCAGGGAGUCCCUGUGAUACCUGGCGGCCAUUAUUCAACAGUUGCCACAUGAAAUAUUGUGAUAUGUUAAGAUUUUUGGGUCGUGUAUAGUAAUAAUAAUAUCCAUCCAUCCAUCCAUCUAUCUUCCACCGCUUAUCUGAGAUCGGGUCGUGGGGGCAGCAGCCUGAGCAGAGAAGCCCAGACUUCCCUCUCCCUAGCCACUUCUUCCAGCUCUUGGGGGAUCCUGAGGCGUUCCUAGGCCAGCUGACAGACAUAGUCUCUCCAGUGUGACCUGGGUCUUCCCCGUGGUCUCCUACCAGUGGGACGUGCCCUGAAUGCCUCACCAGCAAGGCGUCAGGGAGGCAUCCUGAUUACAUGCCCAAGCCACCUCUUAUGACUCCUUUCAAUGCAGAGGAGCAGCAGCCCUCCUCCAGGGCCCUCCCGAAUGACCGAGCUUCUCACCCUAUCGCUAAAGGAGAGCCCAGCCACCCUGCGGAGGAAACUCAUUUCGGCCUCUUGUACUCCAAUCUUGUUCUUUCACUUCGUCACUACCCACAGCUCGUGACCAUAGCUGAGGGUAGGAACGUAGAUCGACCAGUAUUUCGAGAGCCUUUUAGCUCAGCUCCCUCUUUACUAUGACAGAUCUGUGCAGCGUCCACAUGACCAGGUUUAAAUCGGCGAGCUUUCAGCGCACUUUACACGCCGGCUGCGAGCACAAAAUGUCACUGUGCCAGCUGAUUCUGUCGACACCUCCCCCUGUCACGCCACUACGCCCAGCUUGGCGGACCUUGGUGCGCCUCAGUCCACAAAAAUACCAAACUAGCUGUACGCCGGGCUGCGCCAGACGAAAAUACCACUGUGCGGGGUCCACCACCCUCCGCCGCGUCCCCGGCGGACACGAAAAUAGAGCCCAUAGUGUCAAACUGGAGUUUUGGAUUGCACCGACUAUUUGAAACAAGGUUAGAGAAAUAUGAAAAAAAAUCUCUCAGAAGUUCUCUUAAAUAGUCAUUUUACACAAGCAGAUGUGUGUAGUACAACAUAGAGCAAGAACACGAGAGAGACUGAAGGGUUAAAUAUCAUGAAAAGUUUUUGCAAAAUCUGUUUUACCAUUUGGCAUCAGUUAACAGCUGAUUGAGAUCUGUGUUUUAAACAUGCCCACCAACCCAAACCCCUUCAUAUGAUUGGUUCAUGUUGUUUCAGAAUAUUGGUGUGUCCUGCAUAAUUAUCUCAACCUUGUUUUUGUAAAUUGACCGACCUCUGUGUGUCUCCUCAGGGAUCGGUUAUGCUACUCAGGUUGUGAUUGCAUACGCUGCUGUGUCGUAUAUCGUCAUCCAGGCGUGGGCUUUCUUCUACCUCUUUUCCUCCUUCAGGGCUGAGGUUCCAUGGGCCAGCUGCAGGAAUGCCUGGAAUACGGGUAAACACGCAAACCAAUUCAGCAAUUAGAUCUGUGUAACAGUGUGUGAGUCAUUUCAGUCUUUUAUGUUACAGCCUCUGAAAAAGCAGGAACAGUGACCAUGCGAUGGGUUUAUCAGCAGCUUUGCAGCUUAAAAGUUAAACAUUAAAACUAAAAGUUGUUGACUGGAGAUAUUUUUUGCGAAAUGUAGAAAAUCAGUCACAUAUCAUAAAAUAAAGUUCAAGGAUGACUUUUAUAAUCAAAAAGAACUGUAUCUGUCUGCUUGGAUGUGUUGAUAAUACUAUCACCUCCCGUUUUCCCUUUUAUUUAUCUUAGAGUCUUGCGUUGAAUUUGAUCGGAGGAAUGUAUCAUCCAACUGGACAGCAGCUGCGAACGCAACAACACCAGCAACAGAAUUCUGGGAGUGAGUGUGAUACCAACUCUCUUUCUUUACUCUUACUUUACUGUCUCUUGCCAAAAACAUUUCAAAUUAACUCUGCAAAUUCUCUGAAGACCAUGAAUGUGGCAUAGCCUCAGUUUUUUUCAUCUUAGCAUGCUAUAUUUCUGAUUUCCAUGAAAUGCCAUUAUGUCUGGUUAAUAAAUGGAUAAGAAUAAUGAUAAUGAUUAAUCUUCUUUCGCAGAAACUUUUCCCAAGUUCUUUCAGUGAUUUCCAAAAAAACAAGCCCAGUUCCAUCAAUCUAGUUAGCUGACCUUUAGGGGUUUUCAUGAAAAAGUUAAGCAUUUCACUUAAAGUUCUGAUUUUUGGGGAUGCAUUUAUGACUGUAUGUUAUCUACUUUUUCACCAUAGAGAUUACAGGUAUCCAGUAUCCUGGAUUAGAUUUCUUCCCCUCAGAUAGUUAGUCCUCUUACUUUGGCCCAAAAACAAACAAAGAGGUCUUGUUUUUUUUUGUUUCACACACUGGCUGACCAACUUCACAGAGACCAAAGUGACAAAUCCAUCUUUUUCCAAUGUCACAUGCUGAGCUAAAAAUGUAACUGAAUGAGUAACAAAAAAAUGUUAGGCUCUUUGAGGACAAAAGUUGUGCUCAGUAAUGUUCCACUGCUCCAAAGCGGCACUUGAAUAACUAUUUCCAUUUUGGACUUCGGCUAUUUAAGUAUUGACUUCCACAAGAAAUUAAAAACCACCUGUUGAAGGGACAAAAACACUUGCUUAUUUCAACACAAAUGAGGUGCAACAUAAUGUAAUAAGUCAACCAUUAUGCCCAUUACCAUCAUAGAAAAUUGUUUGAUUAGUAGAAGCCUAAGUACCAACUUUUUUCCCUCCAGUUACUGUUACUCAGGUUAUAUGAUAUAUCUUGGCACAGGAGGCGAGUCCUGGGCAUAUCUGGAGGCAUUGACGAAGUCGGGAGUCUGAGGUGGGAGUUGGCUUUGUGUCUUUUACUGGCCUGGAUUCUGUGCUACUUCUGUGUUUGGAAAGGAGUGAGAUCCACCGGAAAGGUAGAAACCAUUACUUGAAGAAUGACACUGGAUUGUGUGAAUGUGAAUGUCUGUCUCAGUUGAAGUACAGCAUCUAAGAAUGAAAUCACAUAAAAAAAGUACGAAAAAAAACAGCAUGUAUUUGAUGGCAGCUUUAUGUGUACAAAAAGGUUGGACAGGAACAACAUAACACUGAAAAAGUUGUUUAUUGCAUCUCCCAGCUAAUGAGGAUAAUGUGUACAAAGUUGAUAACAUGACCUGAAGUAAAACGGGUUUACCACCCUGUGACGAGACUGGGUAAGCAAAUAGUUCAGCACUUACAGGAUAAUGUUCCUCGGUAUAAUCUCAAUAAGCAUUUUUUGGUCUAAAAGAGGUCUAUCAGACGUCUAAAUGUAGCCUAGACGACUGGUCUAUAACCAGGCUACCACAGGUCUAAAAUUGAACACUUUUUAGACGUCUUAAUUUAGACCAAGUUUAGACUAAAUCUAAAUCUAAAUCUGGGUUAUAUCUAUACUACACUCUGUAUUGUUAAACGGCUAUUUUAUUUAAGUACUUGGAGAUCAGUUAUGCAACUCACAGUUGCUUUUUGAAAUAAAUAGUUAUCGAAUAAUGGGUUAAAGCUCAACGUCUAAAUUAUGUCAAAAAAUAUACAGAAUCUAGACGGUUGAAAUUAGGUCUAAAAAAAAAAAAAAACUAGACGUCCAAUAGCCGUCUAUUGCUCACUGUGAAAUCUCAAUGCAUUUAUGGAUUACAUGGCUUACAGUAUGAAAUGUUAGAAAAAGAUUUAGAAAAUCUGCAGAAGUGUCCGUAUUAAAGGGUAGACUAAAACCCAACAGUGGAUGGCUCUAAUCUUCUGGACUUCUGUUGGCAUUAAGUUAAAAGUUAACACUUCUCUCAGGCUGAAAUCACUGCAAUGGUUCAGAAUCACUCCCCUAACAGUGUAAACACAUAUGUAUAAACAUGACUUAGAAACACUUGCAAAUUCUCGGGGCUACUUUGGUUCAGGAUGAAGGCAGAGAAGGAAAGGAAGGCAAAGACGAAAACUUUCCUGUGGUCUGAUGAAUCAAAAUUUGACAUUAUUUUUGGAAAUCAUGGACGCCUCCAUCUACACUCUCCUGAAGACCACUGGCUUGUAAUCAGCAUGCAGUUCAAAAGCCAGUUUAGUGAUGGUGUAGAGAUGCAUAAGUGCCCAUAUAAGACACCAAUAAUUCUGAACAAUACAGGCUUCGGAGCAACAUUUUGCCGUCGCCUGUACUACGCCUUUUUCUCAUGGUUAGACCUUGCAUAUUUCAGCAAAACAAUAUUAAACAACUGCACAGCUCCAAAACAGAAGAGUGCAGGUGCUUAACAGGCCUGCCUGCAGUGCUGACUUGUAACCCACUGAAAACAUUUGGCGCACUAUGAAAUCAAAAGUACAACAAAGAGACCCCAAACUGUAGAGCAGCUGUGUGGAAAGGUUUUCUCCAUGAUGUUUCACAUAGUCCACAUUCCACUACAGCUGUGAGAUUGAACCGAGGCCAUCUGUGGCUCCCUGGGCAGUGGGGUGAUCUGAAUUAGUGCACUGAUUGUGUCGCAACAAACAGUAUGACACAGAGACUGACUUUAGUUUUGUUUUGUGUUAUGAAUUCGAGGUGAUGCAACUGGACUUCCCAUUUUGAAAUAGAUUUAUUAUGUCAUGCUUAAGUUUUGUUUUAUCUUUUUGGUUCCUAUGACUCCCAAUAGUUAGUUCCAACUAAAACAUAUAAAUCAGAGGAAAAUAAAAACUGGAAAAAAAUAGUAAUAAUAAUAAUUUGAAAGAUUUUUUCCGGAUGAUUGAACACAUUUUUAACUAGAAAAGCACUCGGAGAGCGCAGACCUCCGCCAUGCAGCUCAUGUCCCCCCUUAUAUUGUGAUUCACACCAAAACUUUUACUGUUACGUGUCUUUUAUUAACUUUUAUUUGUGUUUAAACUGGUAUGUUCACUGUUCAUAAUGUUCCUAAAACUAGAAAUUCCCUGACCCGGAUUCGAACCCAGGACCGUCUUGCUGUGAGGCAGCAGUGCUAACCACUACACCACCGUGCCGCCCAUUGGUUACCUUUCAGCAUUGAAAAUUCCAACGACACCCUUAUUUUUGUGUGUUCUGGGUCACGGUAUCCAGAAUUUUGUCUGGAUCAGGAUCAACCUUUGACACCUCAUAAAACUCAUUGAGAUCCUUUUGUGUAAUUUUUUUACUAAAGACUCUGGACAUUUUUAUAGAGUUAAAUGCAAAAAUUCCAAAAUUUGCCCUAUCUCACAAUGAUAAAGAAUCCUUCAAAAAAUUCCUGGAUCCACAAGGCGAUCCGAAUCACCACCAAAAUGUAAUGGGAUCCGUCUGUUACUUUCUCCGUAAAGUUGCAAACAGACAAACAAACCAACAAACAAACAAACAAACCAACAAACAAAGGCUACCAAAAACAUAACCUUCUUGGCGGAGGUAAUCAAUAAAACCACCACUUACCUCAGAAUGACUGCUGUCGUCAGGCAUUCGUUGGCACUCAACUCACGCUGUGCUUACACCUUUGCCUUACAACAACACCAAAAUCACUGUUAUUGGUAGGUUUACAGCUCACAAUGCUAAAAGGUGGACUCCUUCAUCAGACAAAGUGGGAAAACUUCACUUUCAAAACUUCAGAACCCAAACCGAACUCUCUUUGGUCCCCAAAAAUUUACAGAGUGCAAUUAAGAGAUGAUGUUAACAUGCCCAAUCCCAACUUUGAAACAUAACACUGCAUCAAAUUUUCAUAAAACUGUCAUUUCUCACUUUGAUAUUUGCCCUAUUUCUAAUUUUAUAUGUGAUCUAAAUAAAUUGAAAAUCAUCAAAAUCUGUUUUUAUUCAUAUUUUAAACUAUAUUCAACUUUUGUUAAACUGGGUUUGACUAACUGAAGAAAAAAAAAACACCCUUUCUCUUUUCAUUCUGUGAAAAACAAUGAAAUAAAUUCAACUGAGGUUUCUUUUUCUUUUUUUUUUGCAAAGACAGAUCAUAUAUUUUGUAAAUACACAAGUAAGCACUGGGAAACCGAGGUGGCACUGAUAAUAAUAGUGUAGGUAAAUCACUGAUAGUCUGUGCAAAACAAGGUUUUAUAGAUUUGAAGUCCACCCAAGAACCAUAAAUAAGAAUUUCCCUGACACUUAAUUUAUUACCCAGUUAUAUUAAAAAGCAUAAUAAAUCGUCUAAGUGACUAAUGAUGGGUGACGGUGUACUUAUGCAUGCCAUAGAAGUAACAUUUUACAAUGUCUCCUUGUUUUGUUUAUGUAUUUCCAGAUUGUGACUGUAAAAUCACAUUGUUAAAGCAGUAAAAUUAGAAGCUUAAACCCGCCUUCAUUUCUUGUUGACAGGUAGUUUACUUUACAGCCACUUUCCCCUAUGUGAUGCUCAUUGUUUUGUUGGCGCGUGGACUCACUUUACCGGGAGCUAUGGACGGCUUAGCUUUCUACCUGUAUCCUGACCCCACAAGGUUGGUGGACCCUCAAGUAAGUGAUCAUUUCAGAUGUUCAGUUUCUAUAUAAAGACAAGCUGCCAGCACAAAAGCCUCCUCCUGGAAGCCAAUAUACUUUAAAAGCUGUACAAUGAUAAAUAACUGAGCAGCAGUCUACACUCUUCUGGUAGUUUAGCUUUUGGAGGUUUACUAACAUUUGGCAUCUGCUUAGGUUUGGAUGGAUGCAGGUGCACAAGUUCUUUUCUCUUUUGGGAUUUGUCAGGGGAGUUUGACAGCUCUGGGCAGUUACAAUCAAUAUAACAAUGAUUGUUACAAGUAAGUGCUUUCUGCUUUCUUUUUUGUUUUCCUCAUGAAAUCCAUCACUAAAAACAUCUGUAGGUGUUAGUCGAAGAUUUGACAUAGUAGUUUACGUAAUCUUCACAUUUAGAGAACAUAGACCAAAUAAUGUUUGGCUUAUUUGUUUAAAGGUCUCCUAUUAUGGCAUUUUCAUCAAGUUUUAAUCGUCCACAGAGGUCCCUUAAUAGUAAAUUUGAAGUUUGUUGUCUAAAACACCAGUUUAUUUGUGGAUAUCAGCCAGUCUGUACCGCCCUCUUUUAGAGCUCCACUGAGAACGGGCUGAUUCUGCGCCUGUACUUCAAUGAUAAUGAGCUGUGUGUAACCACGCUCUUCCGCCCCAAGGCCACUCUGGGCUGCCGUCACUGCCGCGAUGGUCCAGGAGCAGUGGUCUGGAGAUCUUCUGAGGAUCUCUUCAGAGGACCUCCAGACCACCGUGGCUGGAAACACCAGCCUGCCUCCGCACCCCCGGGGAACACCCACUGCUCACGAGAAUAAACGUAAAUAGAAGCGAGUCCGAAGACGAAUACCAACGAUGGUAUCUCUCUAGGUCGUUCUUAGACGAGCUUCCAUCGGAGUCUCCAAUCCUCCUGAUUCUCCAUACACCCGGCCAGCUCCGAAGAGCUUUCAGCUCCCGCAUCCUUCUUCAGGACAUCCACAUAUGUUAGCGCUGAACGUCCUUGCGAACGGCGCCCAUGUGUUGGUUCCCAUAGGACCAGCCUGCUGGCCAGGAGCUCCUGAUGUCUAUGGCAGUGGCCGGCCAGCCUCGUCCUCCUAGAUGCUACCUUCUUGCUGAGCCUCGGCAGUUGCCCGUACAGGUCCUUGUUGGUAAUGUGGAUGUCCUGGUCCACAUUCAGAACAGCUCGUAGCAUUCUGGUGUAGCACCCAUCCAGGGACUUCUGCAGGGUGGGUGUAAGGGUCCAGCUUUCGCAGCCAUACAGGAGGAUGGACUCCACAGUGGUGUGGAAUAGGUUCAGCUUUAUGUGUCUGGAGAGAUUCGAUCACCACACUCAUGACAUACCGUUCAGGGCCCCCCACACGAGUGCUAUCCUGACCUUAAGGUCCUGUUCUGUGGGGUUCACCCAGGAACCCAAGUAUUUGAAGUCAUUGACCUCUCGCAGAGCGUUGCCAUCUGAUGUUGUAAUCGGCGGAUGGUCCACGUGGGAGUUAUAGGUGAUUACUUCAGUCUUCUUCACAUUCAGUCUGAGGCCAACCAUAGCACAUUUCACCUCCACUCUGGUCAGUAGUUCCUGUGCCUGCUCCACGCAGUCAGACACCAGGCAGAUGUCAUCUGUGUAGUCCAGGUCUGCCAGGGCUACAGCCGGGUAAACACAUGCGAUUGCAGCCAAAGCACUAGUCAUACCGGGCGGAGGUAGAGCAACAUAAAAUGGUGAAACUUACAGCUUCAACAUUUAAAGUUGGGUCCCUGACACGGACAGGUUUCAUCUUCAGCUUCUUAGUGAAUCCUGCUUUGAACUGCCCCUCGUUGGUAAAACAGUCCAUGAUAAAAUGGUUAGCACACAUAUACAACAUUUUCAGAGUUGUUGUGGGUACAUUUCCAUCAAAAAUAAAAUAGACAAAAAGAAGGAGGGGCCUAUGUGGUUAUGUUGUCAUAACCGCACAGCUUUUCCAUUCGCCCGUUUGUGCUCAUGUUUUCAGAAAGGAGGGGAAAGCCAGAGAGGGAGAGAAUGAAAAUUUUUCAUGUCGGGGAGGGUUGUCGGCUUUGAGGGGAUGCAUAUUAUUGGUAGAAACCCACCCAAAAUGGGAUUUUUCAUAAUAGGGGACCUUUAAAGUAGCUUAAAAGUACAGUCAGCAGGUAAGUAGUAAUGCUUGGUUUAAAUCAAGUGAAUUCAAUGGAAGCGACAUUGGAGACUGUGAAUAAAUCACUAAGAAUGAGUGAGUGGGAUCACCGAUGUAUUAAGUACUGAGGUUAAAAGAAAACCAACCUUUUUUUUUUUUUUUUUAAAAUCAGUGGACUUGUCCCUUGCAGCCGAUUACAAAGAAUGCAGGCUUUACCAACCAGACCCUGAGAUGUUAUCUGAGACAAUAUGUUCCUCUAUUAUGGAGGGAAAAAAAGUUCAUUGUAAUAUCUUCUUUUAAUAUCUUGUUAUGUGUUCCUGUUUGUGGGCCAGGUCAUUUUGUGAUUUUACUGUGGAGCCAAAGACAAUUGUGCACAUUGUGAAAAAACAGAGUCCAUUCAUUCAUUUAUCCUACUUUAUCCCUAGAUAAUCCGCUGAAAGAAAGUUUAAAACUUUCAUCUUUUGUAUGGAUGGAUGUCUCACAGGUCACAACAUAUUGAUAUUUAUUUGUGCUGAGUACUUUCUCCCUGUAGUGGAAAAUCUGAAAAAACAAGCAGGACACUAUAAGCAGGAGAAAAACCAUUGUGAUAAAGAAGUAGCAUACAGUCAGGGCUUUCUCUUAUUUACACAUGGGCAUAUCCAGGCUGGCUUACAAAGGUCUAAAUGUGUAUGUGUAUGCUGGGUUAAAAAUCAUUGCAAAUCCUCAGAUCUGAACAAACAGGAGAACAGUGUAAACACAAUGAAAGGAGAGUAACUUCCCACUUCACUUCUGCAACAUUUCAUCUUCAAUGGGCAAACCCCCCUGAGGGUUCACCCUACCAUUGACCACACAUCUGUCUUCUCAUGCAGCCACCCAAAUGAGAGAAAAUAAAUGAUUAAAAAAACAAAAACAAAAAAAAAACACAUAUUCAAUCAUUUGCUAAAUACUCUGUUUCUACAGGGAUACAUUUGUUCUGUGCUUGGUGAAUGGUGGGUCCAGCUUUGUUGCCGGGUUUGCUAUCUUCUCAGUUUUGGGCUUUAUGUCAUAUGAACAAGGACUGCCAAUAUCUGAAGUGGCUGCUUCUGGUAAGUCCAAUACUUAAUUAUUAAUACUUAAUUAAACUAGUAUCAUUGUUAGUGUGUGUGCUGUAAUUUUUGGACUGCUAAGUGCUCUUUGGUUACCAUAAUGCCUGAUUGCUCUGUUAAUUCAACUUUCAUGGCUUCACUCCUUUUGUAAUAAUUGUGGGUAGUAGGCUAAUCUGAAGCUGGUUUUCUUUUGGGCAUCAACUCAUUUAUGGGCCAAUUGAACAAAUACUAAAAUUAAGUUAUAAUCACUAUUUAUGUUGUUUCACUUUGUCAAGCCAUUGUGAAUUAGAAACUUAAAGUAUAAAUGAUAAAACUAUCGGAUCUAUUCUAACAAUGGAUCUUGUUUGUUUUCACCAAAAACAUUCACAUUGUUGUUAAAUAAUCUACACUUCUUUGUAAGUAAGUGUGCUAAAUUUAAAGAAAUGUUUAAUUUUAGGCAUGGGAAUGUAGCAUUCAGAGACCAGCUUCCGAUAAUCCUUUUCUGGACUAAUGCACAGCUAAUAUAGAGCUAAACUUUUCUUCUUUGACACGGUUUUAUAUUAAGUUUCAUGUUAGCAAUCAGUGAUGCUUUCCCUUCCCUCCAGGCCUCUGUCUUCUGAGCUGCUGCAUGUUUGAGACAAACUGUAGAUUCAGUUGAAUACAUGGCAAGAGAAGAUAUUUCAUGUUCAGACUCAUAAAGUUUUUUUUUUUUAAAUAUUCACUCAUGCAGCAUGUAUCAAAAAACCCUGGGACAGGAGCAUGUUUACCCAUGUGUUACACCACCUUUCCUUGUCUGGGCUCUCUGUCAUCAUAUGUUGUGCUUCAUAACUCUUCAAAGGUUUUCAGUGGGAGACAGGACUGAGCUGCAGGCAGAACAGUCAAGUACCUGCACUCUUUCACUUAGCAGUCACGUUGUUGUAACACAAGCAGAAUGUAAUUAGAUGAUGUUCAUUAUGUCUUCAGUUUCUCAGACAUGUUAUCAUUUUCACGUACCAUGACAGGUUUCGGCAGAAACUUCCAUCCUUCUCAGAAGUGUCACUUAGUGUCAGGUGUGACACAUCAUAUCAGCAGGUGUUAUGGAGGAAUCACAAUUUUUUGACAGGAUGGUAAUGCCUCCGUUGAUAUGAUAUGACGUGUCACCUGUCAUUACAAGGUUAACCAGUAAACAUGUGUUUAAAAAGAAAGUAUACAAAUGUCUUACGACCCAGACUCACUGAAAUAAGAAACAGAACAUCUAGACUAGGCUGUGACACCACACAAUACAUGCCAAUGAGAUUUUGAUUACUAGUACAUUUAUCUUGGCCUUUAUUGGUGUCUAUUGUAAUUGGAAAUCUAAUGUCAUCAUAAUUCUUGUUUUAGUUAAGAUUUUAACAUCUUGUAUAAUUCUCCUGUUUGGACUUUUACCAUUUUAAUCUAUACAAAUGUUUACUGUCUUCUUGGGGAUCCCCAGAGUAAAGUUAACUGCUCCUUAGGUAGUAACUAAUGGGGAUCCAAAUAAAUAAAUAAAUAGAUAAAAACACUUCUGAGGAAGGCAGAAGUUUGCACUGAAACAUGUCAAGGUGCGUGAAAAGAUGACAUGUCUGAGAUAAAGGAAAAAUUAAAAAAGAAAAAGUAAAUAUUUAUGAGCAGAAUGUGUCUUGGCAUUGUCUUGUUGAAAUAAACAGGGACGUCCCUGAAAAAGACAUGGCUUGGAUGGCAGCAUAUGUUGCUCUAAAACCUUUUAGCAUCAAUGAAGCCUUUACAGAUAUAACAGUUAGCCAUGUCACGAGCACUAACACACCCGCACCAUCAUAGAUGCUGGCUUUUAAACUCUGUCCUGGUAAGAAUCUGGAGGGUCCUUUUCCUCUUCAGUCUGGAGGAUAUUAAGUCCACAAUUUCAAAAACAGUGUGAAAUGUGGACUCAUCAGACCACAGCACACUUUAGACUUUGCAUCAGUCCAUCUCAGACCAGAGGAGUUAACUGACAAUGGUUUUCUUAAGUGUUCUUGAGCACACCCCCAAAUCUGUUGCAAUUGUACAUUGAGAAACACUCUUUAACUGCUGGAUUAUUACUCACGCAGUUGUUGACAAAGUGGUGAACUUCUCCCUAUCCUUGCUUGUAAAUGACUAAACCUUUCAGGGAUGCUUCCAAUCAUGACACUCAUCUGUUUCCAAUGAGCCUGUUAACCUGUGAAAUGAUCCAAACAGGUGCUUUUGGAGCAAUCCUCAAUUUUCCCGGUCUUUUGUUGUCUCAGCCUUUUUUGAACAUGUUGCAGACAUCAAAUUAAAAGAGUGAAUAUUUGCAAAAAAAACCCCCAAAAGUUUAUUCGUAUGUCUUGUCUUCGUCUUGUAUUUAAUUAGAUAUAGUUAGAAGGAUUCGCAAAUCAUUGUGUUCUGUUUUUAUUUAUGCUUUACACAACAACCCAACUUUGUUAGAAUUGGAGUUUGUACAUUUGAAGUUGUCCAACCCUCAUAGCGUCUUAUUGAUUGUUGAUAAACAGUAACAUUUGGUAUUCUGAAGGUUCCCUUUACAUUAUUGUGUUUUACCGUGUAUUUCAAGUUAUAAAAGUUUACACUACUUUAGACACCCUUUGAUAUUCCAACCCUGAAAAAGUAUUUGAAUGCUUGCUUUUCUUAAUAAUUAAUACUCUUUGCAUUCAUGGUAUUUUCCACCAAAGAAAAUCUAUAUGUAAUAUAUUACGAAACAGAUGAAAAUACUUCUCAUAUUACUCAAAACCACUGCUGACUGUCUACACACCCAUACAAGCACCGACAACGACAGAUAAGAAAAGCCUUUGUUUGUCACACCUGCAACGCUCCAGGCCUGAUCCUGAUCCAGACACACUCUCUCCUUUGCAUUGUAAAACACCACCUGUCAGAGGCAGGAUCGUAAGUAAUCUAAGUAAUCAGUCAAAAAUAUACGACUUUUCUCAAAUGCAGGGCCUGGCUUGGCUUUCAUCGCCUAUCCACGUGCUGUAGCCAUGAUGCCUCUACCGCAGUUAUGGGCCAUCUGUUUUUUCAUCAUGGUCAUCUUGCUCGGUGCAGAUACACAGGUGAGCACAAAAGAAUCCUUCCUUUAGUUUCAUUAUUGAUCGCAGAUUAUUACAUUUUGUUAAUUCUGCUUUGCAUCCCUGACAGUUUGUGAGUUUAGAGUGCCUCAUGACGUCAGUGACAGACAUGUUCCCCACCGUGUUUCGGAGAGCUUAUCGCCGGGAACUGCUGCUGCUCUGUCUCUGCUCUGUCUGUUUCUUUCUCGGCCUUCUUCUUGUUACAGAGGUGAGAACUUGCCUUGGUUGCUCAUCCUUUUGUUCAGCUCAAAAUUAAUAUUUGAAUGAGAUAGUUUUCAAUAGUUCAUGUAUUAGAAACAGGGGAUUAUGGUUAGCAACGCCUCCUUGUGUAACCUGAACAGAAGCUCAGCUAUCAAUCGCACUCUCGAUAUCAGCCCUUUACUUUGCCUCCAGAAAGCCCAUUCAUUUUUUAUUUUAUGUUCUCUGCCUGCAGUGCACUGAUCAGCGAAUAGAGUCAAUAAUAGAUGGUGAAUUUUGAUAUUUUUGCGUCUCAGUUAGACAUAAUUUUAAGCACCAAAUGCACAAAGAUUAUCCAGCAAACACAGUAACAACACAUUUUUCUUUGUAGCGCUUAAGAGCAUAAAAGAAAUCGUGUGUUUGCCCUCCUCAUUAUCGAGAACUGUUCAUAUCAUGACAUAAAAGAUUGAAGUUUACAGUCAUGGAUCACUGCAAAGUGACAAGUGUCACGGUUGGAGUUAAAGCAAAGCAGGAGAACUCGUGCUAACAAUCUGGAGUUUAUUUAACAGAGAUUAGAAAGCAAACAACCAAUAUUGACUUUGGAAAACGUCCACAAAAACCGCAAAAAGUCACACAGUAAACCACAAGGAGGGGUUGACAUGAUCUGUAAUAGGAAACACAGGUGAGACAACAAGGCACAGGUGCAGACAGUGAAGGCACACAAUUCACAAGGGAGGGGAACACUUAUGGAGAAAAGAACUACAAAUAAAACAGGAAAUACUAAAACUAGACUACAUGGGAGCGCACAAGGUAUACAAGAGGAUCUGGAAGAAUGACAAACUCAAAAAAUAAUUAUACAACAAAAGUCAAACAGCAGAAGCCGAACAAGACUGGCCAUCAUUUCGAUAGCUAGUAGUUUUUUGCUGCAGGCAGAAGAUCACACAUGUGCUUGGAGUUUGUUGAAAUCCGUAAAAUUACGCUGUGGAGGUGACCCUGCUUGUAGAGGCUGAUAGCUUCAAUCGUGUUCUGGUUCACCAGACAGUUUCUUGGUAAAAGGGAAGAGCUGACCUACAUCCCCUGUGGCAAAUACUCUUAAUAUUGACUGUAAAAAAACAUGGACUAUCCCUUUAAAUUAAGCAGGUGUUCAGUCUGGAAAUGGGCCUGAGUGGAUUAAAUCUUUAUCAUUUUUUAAAAUUACAAUCUGCCCAAAAUAUGUAUUCACCUGAGUGGCCAUAUCUAGUUUUUUGUUGAGUAGGAUCUAUAUUUUACAAAAGUGUGCAUUGUUGUUGUUUUUUGUGUGUGUAUACAACUUGUUAAAAUGUAUCCUUUGUCUCUCCACAGGGAGGCUUGUAUUUUCUUCAACUUUUUGAUCACUAUGUGUGCAGUGGGAACAAUCUUCUACUUCUUUCUGUGUGUCAGUCGAUAGCAAUCGGAUGGAUAUACGGUAAGUAUAUGGAGGGGGGAUGUCUGAUACUUGUUUUGACUUUUCCUCUCCUGAGAAAAUGAUCAGAAGUUAUUCAAGUGCUUUGAGGAGAUUUAAGGGAAUCUUUGAUAUCAGUGACAUCAGUUGCUGUGAACUGAACCACAGACAUGAUCACAUUACCCACACUUAUAGAAAUUGCAGGGGCUGACAUUCAGCUAAAUGUACAAUCGGCCCAGAAGCAUCACUUUUCAUUCAGAAUUUUCUCUGGAAAUGUACAAAAUGAUCUGAUUUGAUGUAAAAGUAAUUUAUCUAGUGAACUCUGUCUAAUUCAAUUCAUUUUUCCUCCAUCUCCUCUUCAGUUAGUUGAUUCUGACGUAUCAUGUUUUUUCUGUUUGCCUAUAAUCAUCAGCAGGUUUUCAUCACGGUUGGGUAACCCGUAAACCCUGUGUUGGGAUUGUGCUAAUAUUGUUAUCAUAGACAGCAUUCAUGCUGCGGUUAGUCACUUUUACUGUCGGCUGUGUUGGCAGAUCUCCGGAUUAGUGUUCACUUUAGAGGAGAACAAGACAUUCCGACAACACCAGAGCAAAACUGCUUUACCUUUUAGUACUCAACUUGUUCACACAUGUUGGCAUUAAACAGCAGAUUCAACGUAAGACUGGAUUUUUCUGUAACCCCUUCUCACCAGUGUGCCUAAAACUAUCGCUCCCUUCUGAUCUCAUACUUCUUGUCACUUUCCUUUGACUAUUUUAGAGAUUUUUGGGUACUUUAGGUCAGGGACUGGUGGUUUUAAAAACAUUUUAACUUGGAAGAAAACUUUACAAUCAGUGUCCAAGUGUCCACCUUAAAUUAAGUAAAAAUGCUUGCAAGAGUGACAGCAGUGAAGCUUCUUUUAACUCUUGGCGCAAGGGAAGGGGCUUAUGAAAUGUUGGUGCUGUAACAGUAACGAAUGAGAUGACAAGAAAUCACUGACAAAACUCCAAUGUCACAAUGUGAAAGCAUGUGACAUGAUCUCAUAAGCAGCAUGAUCUUUUAUUUUAACUGGCCUGAGCGGGUCAGUAAAAUACACAAGCAGCAAGUCCAGAGUCUGUCAUUCAUGCAUCAAGGCCGGCAAGGCGGUCAAUGUCAAACCCAGUGAUGUCUGAAACACAGACAGGAUACUAGAACUGUUUCAUGAGCCACAAGUUGACUUUAAUACGAUGUGGCUCCUUUUUUCAAACCUGAUGGUCAGUGCUUGCAUAUGCGUACAAGCAAGUUGAGUACGUAUUUACUGAAAUUAAUGCUAUUUAUCAGAAGUCAGGCCAAACUGUCGUCUCUUCCCAAAACAUUUGGACAUUUGGACAUUAAUCUGAUCCAUUUAAAUAAUGAAAUUAUUUAGUAAUAUUUAUACAAUUUCUCCAUGAAAAGUUAUCCUUUGAAAUUUAAAAAGGGGUUGUUAGUUUUGCAAGCAUAAAAAUCACAAAGAGCGGGAAGUGUGUCCUGGCAAAUUCAAUGGCUUCAACCAAAUAGAAAAUAGUGUCUGAGCCAAACUGCCUGGGGCUUAGUCAAACUCUUUUCAUUACCCUUCUGGUGUCAACCUGAAAAAACAAUUACAUCUAGUUGUUGGGGCUAAUAGCAUGACAAAAAUGACUUUGCAAUAAAGACGUAAACAAGAGAUGUCCACUUCCGAAUAUCACAUAUGGAAGUAGAGCCGAUCUAGGCUUUUUUUCUAUCCUGUAUCAACCAUCACUGAGCACCAUUUUUGCAGCACGUAUAUACAGUAUGUGUAGUGUAACCAUGUAUUCUUGGUUGCCUCACUGUACUUGAAAAGAAACUUACAGUAACACUUUAUUUGACACCAAUCUUUAAAACACAUCAUAAAUAUAUGUUUGAUGCAUUAUAAUCACGUUAUAGCGCUGUAUUACUAUAGUUAUAAACACUCAUACAUGAUCAUAAUUCUUUAUAACAAUAAUCAUAACACAUUAUAAAGUAUGUUAUCAUGACUUACUUACAAGGUCAGGUGUUAUAAUGUGUUAUGCUUAUUGUUAUAAAGCCUUAUGAUAAUUAAUGAGUGUUUGCAAUGAUAGUUAGAUAUGUUUAUAAGCAAUCUAUGUGGGCAUUGUCAGUGAGUUGUUAACAGUUAUAACACAUUAUAAUGCCUGACCUUGUAAGUCAUGAUAAAAUGCUUAAUAAUGUUGAAUUAUGAUCAUUUAUGAGUGUUUAUAACUAUAGUUAUACAGUGCUAUUAUGUGAUUAUAACACAUUAUACAUCUAUUUAUAAUGCGUUAUAGAGAUAGGCGCCAAGUAAAGUAUGACCAAACUGGUAGAUGGGACAUUCAUGGGUAACUCUAGCCAUGGUGUCAACUUCUACAUAUUUAAUACAUAUUUGCAAGUGAAAUACUGUUGUAUCAUGUGAUGGUACCACAACACAUCCCUGUUCACUGUCCAAAAGAGUCUACAUAGAAAUCAGCCGCAAAGCAAUAAUAAAGAUAGGUUUUGUUUCAGUUAUUAAGUCUCAAUCUGUUGUUAUAUUGGUUAGAUUAUUACACUGACAUCACUUCACAUGAUCCUGGGAACUUUUGUGCGGUUCGGUUCAAAGAUUUUUGAUAAAAACCCAAGAAAGGUCAUUUAAUUACUGACUUAAAAGCCCUUUUAUUCAAGGCUUUUAAUGGGCUUAAAUAAGGUCAGACAAAUUUGUGAAUAUUGAAGCACAGACCACACAGGCUUAAGGAAGGAUUAUUUGGCAGUCAUUAGAUGAAGUGUUGCUCCAGUUCAGACUGGUUCAUGUGUAAAUUGAAAUAAUCUGAAACACCUGGGUACUCACAUGUCCUAAGAAAGUAAACAUAAAUACUCUUACUGUUUGUUAAGACACUUUUUCUAGUACUACAAGGUGAGUUGAUGUAGUGGACACUUUGUUCUUACUUUUAUUCAUGAGUCCUCUUUUCCACCUGGCUUUGUUUUCUCUGUUUCAGCUCAUUUAAGCUUGAUGGACAUUCAGUCCUCUUGUGAAGGGGCGUCUGCUCUUUUUCUCUCUCUUUUUACUGACUGUGAAUGAAAACAAAAGCUUCUACAAAGCUCUGUAGAUUCACUCUUUAAAGGAUUUUCUGCCAACUCUGAAAAGGGAUUUAAGUACUAAGAGGGGUGACAAAAACUGUAGAAACAUACAUAUACAAUGGUUACUUUUUAAUCCCAAUAUUAUUUGCUGGAAUUUUUAGCGCCAAUAUUCCAGUUUUGUUAUAACCUUUAUAUGAAGAAUAUUAUAUAUGCUCCAAAAUUUUAGUAGCACUUCAGGGGUGUAACUCACUAUUGGGAUGAACAAAGAUACGAGAGGCUUGGCUCGUACCUUUCUGGCCUCCUUCACAUCAGCACCCCCUCUCGCACUCUCAGGUCCUCUUCCUCUCUUUACCUCACUGUCCAACCCUCCCGCUUGACCACCAUGGGCUCCAGAGCCUUCAGUCACUCUGCUCCCCGACUCUAGAACUCCCACUGUCCGGACAUCCUUCAUAUUAACUCUCUCCCCUUUUUCAAAUCCCAUCUUUCAAACUGUCUGACUGAUUUUUUUCCAUCGACCUCCACUGUUUCAUUCAUUAUUUUAACUUAUUUUGUUUUUCUUGUUUUAACCUCUCUCGUUAGGCAACCUUAAGUGCUUUGAAAGGCGCAUUAUGAUAAUAAUAAUAAUAAUAAUAAUAAUAAUAAUAAUAAUAAUAAUAAUAAUUAUUAUUAUUAUUAUUAUUAUUACUAUUAUUAUUAUUAUUAUGGUUGUAAUAAUAAUAAUAAUAAUAAUAAUAAUAAUAAUAAUAAUAAUUAUUAUUAUUAUUAUUAUUAUUAUUAUUAUUAUUAUUAUUAUUAUUGUGGUUGUUGUUGUUGUUGUUGUUGUUGUUAUAAUCAUCAUUAUUAUUGUCAUUGUUAUAUAAUGACUUAUAACUCUUUGAUUAUGAGCCAGCAAAGCCCAUCAUAGUAACACUGAACAUAUAGAUACACUGCAUAUUGUUAAUCUCUGUAACCUGUUUCUAAAUGUUUUAUCAAGCUGCCAAGUCUGUAUUUCCACUAACUUUUUGCCCUUUAAAUCUAAGGUUUAAUCAUCCAGUUAUUUUCGUUGUUUUCCCAGGAGCGGAUCGUCUGUAUGACAACAUUGAAGACAUGAUAGGUUAUCGUCCAUGGCCACUCAUGAAGUACUGCUGGCUUUACAUCACCCCCACUAUUUGUCUGGUUAGUGAAAGAUAGUUUCUUCUAUUUCCACUGACUGUGCAAAGAAAACUUGUUGAGAUAAAGUUGAGAAAAGUUAUUAACAAAUAAAAUUGUGCACAUAAUCAUAUAUAGUACAUAUGAGGGAUGGGGAUAAGAAUAACAAAGUUAAUGAAAGAGUAAAACAACACACCAGCUGGUACAUUUCGACCUGGAUUUACACUGUUCAAAGGGCAGCAAUCUAAACAAGAAAUGCCGAUAUUGUUCUUGUGAACAAAGCCCGCUUGUUGCAUUGGAUAUGCGAGACGUAGGACUUUGACAUACAUUAUAUAGUCUCAGUUUUGGCCUCCAUCUGGUAGGGUUGCAUGAAUCUCAACAAGGUCAGCCCAUGACGUUUGCCUGACCAUAGCCUUCAGACAAGUCUCAAGGUGCCUCUAAAGAAGAAAAAAGAAAAACAAAAAGCCUGUUUAGAAUAUACAAUUUAGAUUACAUAAGUAUAUCUCCAAAGUCCAAUCACAGAACCCUCUGGUUAUCACCUAAAGAGUGAUAGCCAACCAACCGAGGCUUCCUGUGUUGGCAGCAGUGAGCGCUGAAAGCUAAAUUGUUGUCAGAUAACUAUAUAUUUAAGAGUGGCAUUAAAGUCAAUGAAAUAUGCUUUUUUUCUCUGUCUUGCCCUCUACAUGGCCUCUUUUUAAGCACACAGCCAAAAAAAGCAGAUGAUUCGACUCCGACCAGAACGAUUCUGACUUGACAUAAACCUGUCACUUGUGGGGAUUCGAGAAAAUUUUUAAUGGGGAUGAUUUAAAGACAAACUAUAACUUUGAUAUACAGUUUUAUUGAUCAAGCCCCCAGGCCUGUGUGCAGGCUAGAGCAGUGAUUCUCUCAUAUCCCGAAUACUGUGAGGGUUUUGUUUAACGACUCUCAAAAGGUUAUUGUCAUGUUGAAACAGGAGACAGAUUUCAUCUCCUUUGACCUCAAGACAUUACUGACCCUGGGUCAAUCCAUGCUUGUGUAUUCAUACAUGUAAGAAGUAUUAUUUGUAUUGUCUUUUUAACUGUCUUAUUCAUUUUUAUAUGUUUUUAGGGUACCUUCAUCUUUUCUGUAGUGAAAUACAAGCCUCUCAAGUUCAACAAAACCUACAUCUACCCGACGUGGGCUUACGCUUUGGGCUGGUCCCUUGGACUGUUCUGUGUUCUCCUCGUCCCUCUGUGGAUGAUCUUUAAAGUGACUCAGAUGAAAGGGACGGUGGGUCAGGUAUGUGCACAUAAACACAUGUUCAAAGUACGACAGGAUUAACAGCAAUACUGAUCAAUCAAUGUUCAGAAAGCUAAUGGACAACUUAUCUGCUAAUCACUUUAUUUUAAUAUAUAAAUUGGACAUUAAGAAGUUAUGGCCUGAAUCCUAGUUUUCGUACUCUUGACUGUUAAUUGACUAAAUAUCUUUGGGAUUGGGUGCCCUGGGAAAUUUUGAGGCAUCCUCUCAUCUUUUUUAGACAUUUCUCAUAAUCAUAGGAUGAAUCAAUUUUAAACUUAUCUGCACAAGCAUUUAUACCAUGACUCCAAAGUUACUUAUCAUAAAGUUUCUGUGCAUGUAACACAAGAAAGUGAACUGAAACCAAACAAACAAAACCAAUGAGAAUAUUCAAAACAACAACAAUAACAAUAAGAAAUACUAAUCAUAAUAAUAUGAACCCGACAUGUUCGAAAAGGAGUCAGAUGACGCAUUAUGUUUUUUUAAUCCUUCUCCUUCUCCGCUACUCAAUAAACAGAAAAUAGACUACUAACAAAAAAUAGAACAUAAAUAGAGUAAAUAAGUACAUAAAUCAUUUAUUAAACACCAGAUGGUUAAAUCCCUUCUUCCUCCCUGUACCUGGUAAGAACCAUGUGUCUGUACCCCUUUUUAAACUGGGUCGUGCUUGGACAUUGCUUGAGCUCCACACCUAAUCUGUUCCUCAACCUUACUCCACGAACAAAAACACAAAUAUAUUUUUAAUGUUGUACGCACCCGCUGAUGCUUUAAGUUUAAGUCCCCCCUCAGGUUAUAUAAGUAUGCAGACCUAAUGUUCUUGUACACAGAACAUCAACUUUGCAAGCUGUCAAAGAGGGAGUAUAACACUUUUUCAUUUUUUACGAUCAUCUUUUAAGAUUAAAUUUUUAAAAGUCAGUUCUAAAUAUGGACAAAGGUGUUGGAGCAAUUCCAGGAUGAGACUACGAGGGGCACAAGAUUUACUUCAUAUCAGGGAUAAUAAAUUCAACACUUACCAAACAGACAUGCCCUGCUCGGUUCAAUUUGUUUAAGUGUUUCUUGUCCCUUUUUAAACUUUAAGGGUCAGAUUUGGGAUCAAAAACAUAUGUCAAUACUUCAUCAUUUGUCAUUUAAAUUAAGGAACACCAGUUCAUUUGUGACAACAUUAUAGCAUAGCUGUAGGGCUGCUGCUACUGUCCCUGAUCAGCAAUACUACUUUUGAACCAGAUGGUGGAAACAUCUCUCUCCUAAACGGUGCUCUGCUGCCUGAGAUGCAGAGGUGUGCUGGGAUUAAAAAGAGGAUUACGAGCAGGUCCCACACUUCUAUGUUUUCAAGCCGACCGCACAUUGAGUCCUGCAAACUCUGCGCCUACAGCGGUAUAAUAUUGCUGUCUCAGUGUGUAAGUUCACAUUACUUUUACAGCAUUGUAAAUGCAUGGGAUGUAGGACAUGUAGACACAUAGCAGGGGAGCCACAUAUCGCAGAGACAGUAUACUGUAACAGGAGAGUGAAUAUCCUGCUAUGCACUGUAGGCAACUCCUGACCGAGUGGAAAUUUCAUGAUAUCCCAUGACUUACUACAAAUAAAGAUAAGUUAAACAUAAGUCUUAUGUAGGUUGAGGGGCAUUUAAAGUAGAGGCAAGGGAGAUGAGAAGUAAAGGAUGCAAAUUAAUAACUCAAUAUGUAACUCAAACUUUUUAACUUUUUAUAUGUAUCUCAAAUCUGAAUUACACCAAACUCAGUCCAACAUUUAGAAGACAAUAGAUUAAAUGUUUCUUUUACACUUGACCUAUUUUGACAAGGCCAGUAAUGCUUGUCAAGGAUGCUCUACUGAAAUAUUCUUAGAAGCAAUAUCAUGUCUGAGAAAAGACCUUCAGUGUGGGAGACCUAGAUUGACCUAGAUAUAAAUGGACUCAUGAUAAGUAGGCUUAUAAUAUUGACUAAUGCAUUGUCUCAGUAAAUAAACUAAAGCAUGGAGCUUUCAUGAAAACAUUUAAGCAUGUCUGUGGAAAAGUACUUAGAAAAGUGUGUGUUCAAUUGCUCUACCACACCAAAUGAAAAUUCCUGGUAGACCACUCUGAACUCUGUUGUUCUUAUUCAAGGCAAAACAGCCUGGAAAACAUGUUAAUCCAUAAAAGUGAGGCAAACACUGACUUGAGUUAUUUCAAUGUAUCCUAAGGGGGAAAGCGUGAUUUUGUGUACUAGAGAUGUCACAGAGCUAAUAAUUUCCUCCUCAUUUAAACAGAAAUUUAAAUUCUAGUAAACCAGCUAUGAUUUAAAGCUGGUUAUUGUUGUAUUUAUUUGUUAUUGUUUUGUUAUUUAUUUUUUAUUGUUUUGUUGUCUGAUUUUGUAUUAUUAUUAAUAUUCUUAUUCUUAUUCUUAUUAUUGUUGUUGUUGUUGUUGUUGUUGUUGUUGUUGUUGUUAUUAUUAUUGUUUUUGUUGUUGUUGUUGUCAUUGUUGUCAUUAUUAUACUUGUUGUUAUUGUUAUUAAUAAUGAUAUUAAUAUUGUUAUUAUCAAUAUUGUUAUACAGGACUAUUCUAUUUGCCGAGAGUCGCUGUGAUGACGCUCGGCUCAAACAGCGUAUCCCCCGGGAGACUGACUCAAUCCCUGAAUGCCCAUAGGCUGUAUCAGGUGUCAAUCAUAGAAAACAUAAACCCCCUCAUAAUUUUUAAAAAUGGAGCUGUACAGAAAAAAGAGGACUUGAGCACAAACCAGUUUUACUGUAACUACAUGUCAACAUCACAAACAGGGGGGAGAAAAUUUUCUGUUUGUCCACAGCCUCAUAAGCUUUGCUGGCGGAGGCAGGAUUUAUGACCUAUACUGCAGUCCGUCACCAGAGGGUGCUGUUCUCGCGGUGGCUUCACCCAGCGAGGAGGCAGACUCUGUCCAUUCUUUAUACAGUCUAUCAUCUGUGCAUGUUUACAUCCGGAGAGAGCAACAAAUGGCCGUGCUACAGCUGAGACUGAACAUGUAGCCCACAUCUCAGGCCUAUAAAAAUAAAAACAUUAAUAACCUGUUUAGCCAACUAGAGAGGAGACUGUUUCACCAAAGACGAACAUCUCUAAUAUGAUUCAAUUUUGUAGACCUCAUGGUGGCAGGAGAGUCCAAGUAUGGGGAUCAAAUCAGUGAUUGUUACUGCUGUGGUUGACUAUUUCUUCUCUAUUUUGAAACAUUUGUACAAUACGAAAUAAACUCAUGUUGUUUGUGUUGCCUGGUUUUGACUGUAUUAAUAUUUUGACUAACAUGGACUUCUUUUACUGUCAUCCCCUUUUCCUUCAGAACCUCCGGCAACUUUGUCACCCUGAAAACAAGACAGAUAGCACAGCGAAGCAACCUGAGCAGUGUCCUUUGAACCCGGACAACACACUCACUCCUGCUGCCAAUGAUUACAAGGCAAGUGGUGGAGCUGAGAUGGAGAUGCAAAUGUGA